AUGCCGUCCUUUCGCCCUUCGCCCUUCCUCGACCCCGGCGCAAAGACUCGUGAUGGUCAACUGGCCCUGGUCCAUCUCAGUCGCGAGCACCUCACUCCUGUCGUCAUCAAUGCCUCUCCCGACGCCGAAUCCUUGUAUGCCGAAGGCUGCGUCGUCAACACCCGUUUCGGCUCCUUUCCCCACAGCACCCUGGUGAACGUGCCAUGGGGCAUGCAAGUGCGUGCCGCCAAUGUAGACACCGGACGUCGCGGAAGGAAGAGCAACAAGAAGCGGAAGCGCGAGGAGAAUGCCCAAGGCGAUGACGACGACAGUACUGCGAAGGAUGUCGGCUUCGCAUCCACCGGAUUCACCCAUUUGAUCCCUCCGACGCCCGAGACUUGGACCAUCUCGUUGCCGCACCGGACACAGGUCGUCUACACCCCCGACUACAGCUACGUUCUCCAAAGGUUACGAGUCAGGCCAGGGGAUACCUUGAUCGAAGCAGGAGCUGGAAGCGGUUCAUUCACGCAUGCCUCCGUCCGCGCGACCUUCAGUGGCUACCCUCUUGCCGAGGCGGAAGAGCCGGCGCAGGAGCCGGCGCAAGCAAACGGCGCGGAGGGCGGCAAGAAGAAGCGCAAGAAGUACGGCCAUGUGUACAGUUUCGAAUACCACGAGCCGCGUGCCGUGACACUGAAAGAGGAGCUUAAGGAGCACGGAAUGGACCAGCUGGUCACCGUCACGCAUGCCGACGUCUACAACGACGGCUUCAGUGCUCCCGAAGACGGUACCGUCCCCCAAGCCGACGCCGUAUUCCUGGACCUACCCGCACCGUGGAUGGCCCUCAAGCACCUCACGCGCAACCCUACCUCCGCAACCUCCGCCAACACCGCUUCAAACACCCCGGAACCCACGUCCGAAGCCCCUGCAGGUUUCCGCUCGCCGCUCAAUCCCAAGAAGGCCGUCCGCAUCUGCACCUUCUCCCCCUGCAUCGAGCAGGUCCAGCGCACCACGUCCGAGAUGAGGCGGCUGGGCUGGGUAGACAUCGAGAUGGUCGAGGUCCAGCACCGCCGCAUCGAGGUGCGCCGCGACCGCGUCGGCCUGCACGAGGAGGGCCUCCGCGGCGUCAACGCCACGCCCGCCACUGUCGAAGAGGCGCUCGGCCGCCUCCGCGAAGUCGAAGGCCGCAUCAAGAACUUCCACGAGACUAUGCACGGCAGCGCCGCGGCAGCGGCGGAGAGCAGUGAGCAAGGGGGCCCGGACUCGGACCUUGGAAAGGGUUGGGGCAAGGAGAGCAAGGAGCAGCGGUUGCAGCGCAUCAGGGAAGAAGAAAAGAGACGGAAGGUCUUCAAGGAGGGCAGGCUGGUGCAUCGUACUGAGCCCGAGAUCAAGACGCAUACGAGCUACCUGUGUUUCGCGGUGCUGCCGCGGGAGUGGACGCCAGAGGAUGAAGAAAAGGCGAGAAGGAAAUGGGCAAAGGGUGGCCCUGCGGCUGAAAAGGAGGCGGCUGAGAAAGAGGCUGCUGAAAAAGAAGCGGCUGAGAAGGGUGCUGCUCAAUAG